UUCUGAACUUGGCCAAUAACUCAUUGGAGCAACAAAUUCCAGCCAGCCUCUCUCUCUGUUCUAACCUGAGAGUUCUUGCUAUAGGAAACAACAAGCUCAUAGGGAAACUUCCGGUGGAGCUUGGGUCUUUGUCCAAGCUGGUGACCCUGCAGGUCGUGUCCAACAAAUUGACAGGAGCCAUCCCACCUUCUCUUGGGAACCUUUCAUCUCUUGAAGCUCUUCAAAUGGGAUACAAUAUACUGGAAGGAAGUAUCCCGGACUCGCUAGGCCAACUGAAAAGCUUAACACUUAUUGUGCUAAGGGGCAAUGAGCUGUCUGGUAAGAUCCCUCCAUCUAUCUAUAAUCUUUCAACACUUGCUGUAUUCGCUGCAGCGAAUAAUCAACUUGAAGGAAGUCUUCCUCAGAAUUUAGGACUCACUCUUCCUAAUCUUCGACGGCUUAAUAUUUGGGAAAACAAAUUUAAUGGAUUCAUUCCAGCUUCACUGUCAAAUGCUUCAAACCUUGAAUUGCUUGACAUCUCUAUGAACCGAUUUUCUGGUGGGAUGUCUAUCAAAUUUGGAAAACUAAAGGUCCUGUACCGGCUUGGUAUGGCUGACAUUCUAGAGGGGAGUGGGAAAGCCAAUGACCUGAGUUUCAUCUCAUCUUUGACUAAUUGUACCAAAUUGAGAUUGUUACUUCUAGGCGGCAAUAAUUUUGUAGGGCCGUUGCCUAGUUCCAUAGCCAACCUGUCAAACAAACUCGAAUAUUUUUUAAUUGAAGGAAAUGAAAUAUCUGGAAAUAUUCCAGCAGGCAUUGCAAAUCUCCAAAGCAUCAGGGCUCUAAAUAUGCAUCGCAAUCAAUUGGAAGGAAGUAUUCCAGCCUCUAUUGGACUACUUCAUAAGGGACAAGAAAUGGGUCUUGGUAAAAACGAACUGUCAGGGGAAAUCCCUUCCUCCAUUGGAAAUCUAACUCUGUUGAACCAACUCUGGUUAGAGGAAAAUAAUUUAGAAGGAAGCAUACCUUCGGCUCUCGGAAAUUGCAAGCGUUUAUUUCUAUUGCAUCUAUAUGGCAACAAACUGAGUGGCACCAUACCUCCAGAAGUUAUCGGUUUGUCAUCUUUAGCAAGAUCCCUGAACCUUGCUCAAAACCAUCUCAGCGGUCCCCUGCCUUUAGAAGUGGGUAACUUGAAAAAUCUAGCUGAAUUAGAUGUUUCCCACAAUGAGUUAUCAGGUGAAAUUCCUAGCAGUCUUGGUAGCUGCUCAAGUUUAGAACACCGUCUUAUGCACUAUAAUUCCUUUGAAGGAGCCAUUCCAGGGUCAUUGAGUUCUCUGAAAGGCAUUGAAGAAUUGGACCUAUCACACAACAACCUCUCCGAUGAAAUUCCAAAAGAUCUAGGGACCAUUCGCUUGUUGCUGAAUUUAAAUCUUUCUUUCAAUGAUCUUAAGGGUGAGGUACCUACAAGAGGAGUUUUUGUGAAUGCAAGUGCGAUUUCAAUUUAUGGAAACAAAAGGCUUUGUGGAGGGGUACCUGCAUUACAGUUGCCAGUAUGCUCUACUGAUAAACCAGGGAAGAAGAAAACAUCCCUUGUUCUCAAGGUAAUAAUCCCCAAAUCUUGUGUAGUUGUAGGGAUUAUUUUAAUAUUUUUUCUACUCCUUGUCAAGAAAAGAAAGCAACAACGCCAAUCUUCGUCGUCGGUAUUAGAAUUGAUGCAACCAAUUCUUAAUGUUAAUUAUGGACAGCUCCUCAAAGCGACGGAUGGGUUCAAGUCAGCCAAUUUGAUUGGUAUGGGAAGCUUUGGUUCAGUAUACAAAGGAAUUCUUGACCCAAGUGGGACAGCCAUUGCAGUGAAAGUAGUCAACUUGCAACAGGGGGGAGCAUCUGAGAGUUUCAUGGCUGAAUGCCAAGUGUUGAGGAACAUUAGGCAUCGAAAUCUUCUCAAGAUCUUAACUGCUUGCUCAACUAUUGACUUCCACGGCAAUGAUUUCAAAGCUCUGCUAUAUGAAUUCAUGCCAAAUGGGAGUCUUGAGACUUGGUUGCAUCCAGUACUUCCAGAAACAAGUCACACACCUGAUCAUCAGGAGCCAAAGAGGUUGAACCUUCUUCAGCGAUUAAAUGUAGCUAUUGAUGUGGCUUCUGCUUUGGAUUAUCUUCAUAAUCAUUGCCAAGUGCCAAUUGUUCAUUGUGAUCUAAAGCCAAGCAACAUUCUUCUUGAUAGCGACAUGACUGCAUGCCUGGGUGAUUUUGGUUUAGCAAGGUUCCUACAGCAACAGGACAAUGAAUCUUCUCAAAAUCAAACCAGCACCUCCAUUGGUAUCAAGGGAACAAUUGGAUAUGCAGCACCAGAGUACGGCAUGGGGAGCAAGGUGUCAGCCCAUGGUGAUGUAUAUAGCUAUGGCAUCCUUUUGUUGGAAAUGUUCACUGGGAAAAGACCAACUGAUAGCAUGUUUAAAGAUGGCUUCAACCUUCACAAAUUGGCCAAGGCGGCUUUGCCAGAACGAGUGAUGGAGAUUGUGGAUCAGAUGAUGUUGGGUGUGGAAGAAGAGGAAGUGACUGUGGCCAGAAGCAGCAGUUCUAGCAGGACACAUGCGUUGACAAGGGAGAAAAUCCAUGAGUGCUUGAUUCUAAUAUUCAGAAUAGGAGUAGUAUGUUCUAUGGAGGCUCGAAGGGAACGAAUGAACAUUCUUCAUGCCUCUAAGGAACUGAAAUUGAUUAAGAACAUGCUUUCUCAGGACAGGACUCUAGCCAAGCAUGCACAAUAGGUCAGCUCCUACUACCCUGAAUUUCUUCAAUAUGUCAUGGGCUUUGAUGACUUGUGUUAUUUACAAUCUCAUUUUUCAAGCAACGAGAGCAUCGUGCACUAGACUUGGUUUAUUUUAUAUAUAUGACUUGUGUUUUAUACA